UUUGCUGUGUCAUUGUCUUUCACUUUUUCUGCUAUGUCUGGACGCGGCAAACAGGGCGGCAAGGCUCGCGCCAAGGCCAAGACCCGCUCCUCCCGGGCCGGCCUGCAGUUCCCCGUGGGCCGCGUGCACCGCCUCCUCCGCAAGGGCAACUACGCGGAGCGGGUGGGCGCCGGCGCCCCGGUGUACCUGGCGGCCGUGCUGGAGUACCUGACGGCCGAGAUCCUGGAGCUGGCUGGCAACGCGGCCCGCGACAACAAGAAGACGCGCAUCAUCCCGCGCCACCUGCAGCUGGCUAUCCGCAACGACGAGGAGCUCAACAAGCUGCUGGGCCGCGUGACGAUCGCGCAGGGCGGCGUCCUGCCCAACAUCCAGGCGGUGCUGCUGCCCAAGAAGACCGAGAGCCACCACAAGGCCAAGGGGAAGUAAUUUGACAACCAUCAGAACUUUAAGAAACUUCAGACCCAAAGGCUCUUUUCAGAGCCCCCACAGUUUCAAAGAAAGAGUUGAACAAACUGCAAUAAUGAACUCGGUCUUUUGGCGAGCUCCAGUUACUAACAGUUUGAGACUAUUGGCCAAAUCAGUAGAGCCUCCUGGAAUGUAACUAGGUAAAUAAGGAAACCUAGAAAGCCAAGCGUAUUUCCCAGAACUAGUAGCCAACACCAAGCAUUAUGCGGAUUCAACAUGGUUAUAAUGUUUUUUGUCUUGAAGUCUAAAAAUUUUGGAGAUCCUGACCCGUGCAGUUUAUAUACUGCAUGGACACCAAAAUUCAUAAUUGUACUGAGUAUUCUUGACAAUUAUGAGUUCAUAAUCCUCUUUGCAAUAUUGGAACUUAAGCAGCAUUCUACCUGUUCAGAGUGAGCCUUUUCUUAUUCCCAUCCUGUUUAUACACGUUUAGAAUCCCCCCCAAUUGUUUUAUGGAAAAUGUUCAUUCAAGUUAAAAAUCAAGUUUGAAAUUAGUGCUUCUCUGAAUGUUCAUAUGGAAUUGAAAGCCUUAGCAAUAACAUAAAAACCCUCAAAGUUCAAUUAGCUUUUGAUUUUGAUGUGAAUCUUUUCUUUUUGUAGAAGGAAAAAACACUAUCAAAUUACUUGAU